GUAUCUUAAAGCAUCGCUGUGCCCAAUUAGUAGCACAACUCACUUUUUCAGGUAGUUGUAAAGCAAUUGUUUACAGCACUAUUCAUCAAUUCCAGGUGAAAGAAUGUUUACUUUUUACACAUUUUCACACUAAAAAUGUUCUGCUCACAUCAAAAAUGAGGCUGAAUUUGCUGAGACUGAUGUUCAAUAACACAACAAAGUUCAAUGUGUGUCUUUUUACUCUUAAAUAGGAACAACUAUUUCAGCUCUGAAGCUUUCUUAUUUAAUACAUAAUGUAUUAAUAGCGUGAUUCCGAAUGCUACAAAAUGCAAGCCGAGCAUGUCUACUAUAUCUAUAUCCAUAGAUAUAUAUAUAUGAUGUCUUCAACCUCGUGGGAGACACGCGACGCCUUUACUCUGAAGGAUUCCAAACCGGAAACAAUUCUGCUUCCGGAAAACAUACCGCCGACUUCCGCCGGGACACUGACGAGUGGCGGCAACCGCGAAACUUUUCAAGCCACCGGCAAACGACAGCCCGCGGUCGGCGAUGAGCGAAGCGGCGGAGGCGAAGCGCCCACCGCCCGUCAAGCUGCUGUCCGGGCAGCUGAGGACGGCACAGCGCCGGGGACCGGCCGACGGCGAGGACGGCUUCGUCAUCCGGCCGGCCACGGGUCGCUCUCUGCCGGUCUCCCUGGUGUGGAUGCAGGGGACCGUCGUGGAGGUCCGGCCGGAGAGAAACAGCGUGAUGCUGGUGGACGAGACGGGGACGUUCGCCGUGCAGGGCGUCCACAACGUACCGAGGGGGAAGCCGUGUUUGUCCCAAGGUAAAUAUGUCAUGGUGAUGGGCGUCAUCACGGCCGUGUCCCCGGAGCCGGUGAUCCACGCGGUGAAGAUGGCGGACCUCUCGGAGCUCUCGGGGGUCCACAGAAGGAUGUGGAAGCUGGAGGUGGAGGAGCUGCAGCGGCUGCUGACCUGAACGUGGCGUUGGAACGACUUCCUGUCCUGCAGCAUCCAAGUGACUCUUGACGAAUGGCAGAAGGAACAUAACCCUCCCUCAAAGGACCGAGCCGGGGAUUCUGACGCAAGAAUACCAUCUUGUUUGUGCUUUCAACAGAAAAGGGGCUACUAGUCUACUGCCUCGGGUGGAAAUGUUGAGCCCUUUAAGCGUAAUUAUGCUCUGAAUUUGUAAUUAAGCACUUUUUUAGGGUUUUCAGUGCCCGACUCUGCUUCAAAUAAAAUGACUUCUUCUCA